GCAAAUAAUUGUUUUAAAAUGAAUGUUCCAUAAUUGUGAGACGGGAAUUUUACUUGAAAGGCCUUAGAAAGGCAUGCACAAACUGCGAGUCACAUUUCAGGUUAUGUUGGGUUUAUAUCGAAUAUCGAUAGUUCUGUCAUACGUCGAAUGAGUAGCGUUUUGUUCAACUCUACCGAGAACCAUCUUGGCAAGGCAUUCUGUAGCCUCUAUACUCGCUAUUGCUUAGCGAAAAGCAUUAGCGGACUUAUAAUUGUUUUUAGUGCUAAGGAAAUUAAUCCACGUAUUGUGGAUCUCCAACAGAUAUCCUGGAAAUUCUAAUUUCAAUGUGUAUGGCUACAGAGGAAGUGUUGUAAUUACGAAUAGUUUUUAAAAUGAGAAUGUUUUCGGAUGAUCUAGGACAUGAUUUCCAUCAGUUUGUCUGUGUAUUGGUCUGUUUGCCUCCGUGUCCUUGAAAUUUGAGGAGAUUUCAACACAAUGUUACCACAAAGCCAAGGGCGAAAAAGCUUUGCAGUUUUUAGUCUCCUGAUCAUUUUCAGAAAAAAAUUGUAAAAAUUGCAUAGUUAACGUCUUUCUAAGUUACAUCAAACAAUCUUAUGCAGUGAUGACAGCCUUGUGUGUAUUUUGGUGAGACUGUGCUCGCAUACAUGGAGUUCCACUUGGAUAGCGCAGAAUAUUGCCAAGCCCAACACAAAUAAACAAUUUUGUAUAAAAAGACAUACCACUGAGCUUAGUCAUUAAAAUCAGUGUAUUAUAAAAAUAAAAACAAAAAAAUUGGAUUCACCUCACUGGGAGCCAAAUUAGUAAAUUUAUGCAGCGUUUUUGAGUUAAUUUGUAGUAGAUACACAUAAUUUCACUUCGCUAAAAAGCAUAUCAUCACUUAGUGUAAAUAAAAGUUAAUACCAGUCAUCUAGUAGGUUUAUUUUAUUUUAUUUCUUUGAAAAGACUGAUUGUUUUACCGUUCAACAAGCAACCUGAAACAUAAAAAGCGUAAAUACGUAACAUAAAUAACAUAACCUAAAAAUAGUAAAAUCCGGUCUUCUAACCUGGUGUGUGCCGCUUGGGUGAUGAACCAGAAUCCCGUGGUGACAACUUCAGCCAUGCGUCAAAAAGAUAUCCGACCAGCUCCAGCCGAGAUCGAAUACAAAGGCUUCAAAUUCCUUAUUACCGACCGACCAUCUGACCAAACCAUCAACGCCUAUAUACAGCCAUCCUACAAGACCGACGAGCUGACCAAGGAAAACAUUGAAGUGCACGACUUGGGAUAUGACGACGGUACUUUUCCACCACACAAGAUCGUCGAAGAGUGGUUCCGGAUCCUCAAGAGGCAGUUCAACGAGAACCCUGACUGCUGCGUAGCCGUACAUUGUGUCGCUGGCCUUGGCAGGGCGCCUGUCAUGGUUGCCUUGGCCCUUAUCGAACUGGGGCUUAAGAAGCGGCGAGGUGCAAUCAACGCGAAACAGUUGGCAUUUCUGGAGAAAUACCGUCCAAAAUCGAGGCUAAAAGCAAAAAACGGUCACAAGAACUCUUGCUGCGUACAGUAAACAUAUAUAUAUAUAUAUCUCACUUAAUAUGUGUUCAAUAAAUAAAAUCAACAGGGCACUUAACUACAUUUCUGUCUCUGAUUUAAUGUAUGUGGAAUAUACGUAAAAUGUCUAUUUUAAAAAAUGAAAAAAUAUGUAACUAACAUUUUUUCAAAUCUUGUGUUACAAGCUUUUAGACCCGUCGUUCAGUUGAGAAAGUGAGGUUUUCCUAAAAAAUAUAAAGCAAGCAAAUUUACGAAAUGUUAGUCAUCUGAUUCAAAUUCUGGAUAUCCACAAUGCAUUUUAUAUAAGGUGUCCACUGACUUCAUGUACGAAACCAAUCAUCUUUCAUUCUCGAAAUGUGAAAAAAUUAAUCAUCUCCAAAAACACGUUGCUCGCAGAUUUCAUGACUAAACAAAAUUAUGAAUUUUGGUGAUCGAGUGUUUCUUAUACAAUGAUCGUAUAUUAUAUAGAAGUAUUUUUUAAAUUUUUGGAACCAUUCAAGGUUUUUGAAAAGAUUGUUGUGGUAUGCCUAUCUAAUUUGCUCGUAAGGAACUGAGGUUCUGAAUACUCGUUGUUUCUUGAAUCUGUCAAUUCAGAACGCAGGACGUAACCAAAAAGAAACAGGAAUAAUUCGCCAACCAAACCUUUUUUUUCCUUUCAAUUCGACGUAUAACCAGGUACAUCUUGCAUUAUUCCCAAAUUCUUUUGGGAUACUACUGGCAUAUUACCUGAAUUAAGCAAUAAUUAUCACGAUAAUAUCAUGUGUUUCGGCUUAUGUGCCUUUACGCUUAAGAAUGAGCUUACACGAACAUUAUUUUCUCGUAAAAAUGUUUUGUUCUGGUAGACUACCAGCUGUGAUAUUUGAUGUUCUACGUAGUGCAAUCGAGGUUAUUUUUUAUAAAAAAAUUGCUGUUUUUGUGCUAUCAUAAAUGUAUAUUUUAAUAGCUAGGCUAUUUGAUUUUUUCUUGGUCCUUAUUUUGUCUAUAUUUCUAGCUGCGCUUGAAUAGUAACUUCUUUUAUUAUAAAUGAGAACUGCUUAAUAAUUUGGCAUAGCCUGUCUUUAUUUUCGCUAUAAUUCGUCUUGUACGAUGACCUUGCCACCUUUGUACAUGGAGUUAUUGGUUCUAUUUUUUUCGAAUUCCGAAUAACAUAAAUAUAUUAUCAAGUUCCUAAUCAAUUUUACAUUCUUGAAUUCUGAUGGAGACUAAAAAUGUCGUUUAACUACAGAAACUGUCAUGCCUGAUGUAAUUUUGAAUAUAUUUCAUUAUAUAGGCUAGUCGUCUCGAGAAGAUGCCUGAAAAGAGAUUAUGUGUGGUAGUUAUAGCGCUUUACUUGUAGUUUUAGUGGGAAGUGCCAAAAAUACACGGCCUGGGUGAAUAACAGCAACGAAAAAUCCUAUAUUUAAAAAAUCUGUAGAUCCGGUCAACAAUCGCUUUGGAUUGUUUCCCACCACUCUUUAGAUGUUCAUUUACCAUGAGCACGAGACAGCAACGCUAUAUGAAGCUGAACAGGAAAUAAUCAUAUCCUUUUUGCACUUUGUUGUUUGAAAAAUAAUAAUAAUAGUUUUUAUUUAAAAGCUAAAAGCUUUUCAUACCAACCAGGAAUGGCACGUAUUAAUUUCUUUUAAAAUCACGAUUGCUUUUAUAUUUUUCUAGUUCUUGUAAGAACGUUUAACUCCACAGUCGUUCUUUUAUAAAGAUGAAAAUUUUGGCAACUAGUCGCACAGCUUCAAGUGGUGGAGGAAUGUUUGCUAUGACCCCCACCAUUGGGAUCUUGAAAUCAAAUUACGAAGUCGCAAAUGGAGACAAAGUUGCGUAUUUAGGAAAUUAACAAAAUGCCGCUCAGAAAUUUUCGAAUACUAAAAUACGGAAAGACAGAAUUUUAACAAAAUCGUUUUAAUUUUUUCCUGAACUUAUUUGUAGUACAUUGCAAAAUAAAAUGCACAUUAACAUUGCCACUUUUUCUGCGAUAAGACGUUUGUUGUUUUUUUUUGAAAAAAAAAAUGUUUCUGGAAGGAAACUUAUAUUUUUCAGGAAUUUGUCCGUAUCUAAAGAAGACUUUUGCAAAACUGCCUAAUGGAAAUUAAAUCUUAUCACGUUCUUAACUUUCUCUUUGUACUCCAGUAAACUUCGUAUCAAGAAAUUCUAUAGUAGGAACCAAAAUAAUUUUGCAUGACAGUUAUUGUGAAACAGCUGCAAUUCUUAUGACAUAGAUCAUUUUUUUAUUUUUCCAGAUUGAUGUCUAAAAGGAAUUAUUUUUAAAGUGAAAAAGUAAGAAAUCAAGCACUAUUACUUACAAAAUCUUGGUCAAUUCAUAUUCAGUUCUGCAUUUCCAGUCGUAGCUUACCAUGUUUUCAUCACAUACAUUACAAAUGUACAGAGGCAAAUAUUGAUUUUCGAAGGUCUAAUCAUUUCGCUAGAAAUUCAAAUGCAAGUUCGGAAAUAAUUUUAUUUACACUAUUUUGUAUCCGUUAGUCUCGAGACCUUGUUGCUUUUACCUAAGGAAUAGGAGACAAUACUCUUAAUUCUGAUACUGUACCCCCUUUUCUUAAAAAACAGUUGUCAAGACAAUAGAAACUUACAGAGUUUAUUUCAGUGAUUGAUAUGUUGAAAAGAUCCGAUCUGAUUUUUGUACAGUGCUAUCCAAGAUUUAUAGAAUCCAUCAGUUCUCCAGCAGCAACUUUAGUUUUUCUUAUAUACGCCAUAUCGGAUUUUUGCACAGAUGAAUAUAGUUUUUAAUUCUGAUCCCAAAAAUGUAUAUUGUGUCGUACAUUGACAAAGCCAAACAUCAGUUAUUAAAAAAAAACAAUGUCCUGGGUAGGCCUUGUAAUUAUCAGAUAGUCAUUUGUUACAGAUACCAGAUUUUUUCGUGACUUUAUUUGAAAUGGGAUUUCAAAAUAAGUUGCAUGUUGGAAUUGCUACUUUUUACUAUACAAAAGAUCGCGUUGUCAAAUUUUCAAUUCGAGGUUUUUUUCUUUUGACUUCUAUCACCAACCUUGUUUAAGGAAAUAAAAAGGUGGUGAAACCUGAUCACAAAAUGAAAAUUUUAUUUAUGAUAAUAACAAAAUGACCGUUAUUUUGUAGGCAAAGCACGACUCUGUAUUGUACACUGCUCUAUUAAUUUCCCUUCUUCUUAGUCUUCCAAACUCUGUUGAUAUGUUCAAUUUGAUGUCUGGUCUGGUUUACGAAACAAGGGACUAUCUGAUGAUUACAAGGCCUACGUAGGAAAUUCCGUUUUUCAGGAGUAACUAAGUUUUGUCAGUGCCAAUGUAUGACAUAUUAUACAAUUGAAAACUAUUUAUCUGUUCGAAAAUACAGUAUGGCAUCCAUCAGAAAAAUAAAGUUGAUGCUGCAGGACAAAAGACAAACUAAAUUACAAUUAUAGAUGAACAAAAGUGGUAUUGCUAAUGUGCAAUUUAUUAUGAAAUCCCACUACAGAUAAAGUCUGGUAAAAAUUAUAUCGUCUCUCCGGAAGUACGUUGAAGCUGUCUAAGCGGCAUUUUACCGUUUACGUAAAUACCGAACUUGGCCGCAUUUAAGCGUCUUCGUAUCUCUUAUUAUUUCCAAGAUCCCAAUGGUUAGGUUCGAAUUUGAAACCCUCGGUAUAGCAGAACAAAAUGAAUGCGUAUCUGUAUCAUCAGAGGUUCAUUUUAACUAACAAUCGUUAUCACGGGGUGAAUAAACAAUUCAAGCCAUUGUGAUGGCUUGGCUGUGGUAUCCGGUCGUUGGUGACUAAGGAUAUAUUUAUAAAUUCGCAGUAUAAACAAAAAAAUAAACAUGAAUUUCUCAACUGCUUAUGACUUAUUUCAAACCUACCAGGCUGGGAACUUUUGACGCUCAAUACAUAGCUCAGAUAAUCUAGUCCCUUUCUUCAAAUAGCGUAAAAGCUAUAUUUGAAAACUUCUCGACAAGAUCAGAUGAAACAUCUGUUUUCCAGAUUUAGCAAUUUUUUAUUGUCGAUUGGGCAACAGUUCUUAAUUUUUGUAUGUGGCAAUUUUACCGUAUAUAUGUAUAUUUUGACAUCUGAAUUGCUGCGUACAAAAAGUGUAGCUUUUACUUUUAGUACAUGUUAUCACUUUUACGUUGAAUAAUAAGAAAGUUAGAGCUCUUGCAACUAUGACGUCAUUUUUUGUCUUUCACGUCCCGAAUUUCAAUCAGAUGGCUAUGGUUAUUUAUAUAAAAACAUUUCUUCAAAAAUAAAGAUGGCUCUAUCGGAUAGAAUGUUCUAAUAUGCAAGUUUACCUAUUUUAAAUCAAGUUUUAAUAGUAUUUUGUUCUAGGAUGUACUGCUCUGGUUUUAAAACGUAACUAAUGAAUGUAUUAAAUGUUAAAUAUCGUGUACCAGCUAUUAUAUCAACUUAUCUUUAUUGAUGAACUAUAAUUGUUAUUUAUUUAGAUAUUGUUCAUAAAACCAUUAAAAAUUAAUUUUGACGAGUAUAUACUAGUUCUUUUCGUAGGCAAUUAUAUUUAAUAUACGAUUCAUACGCGUCAUUAUUUUUUAUCCAUAACAGAAAACAAUGGCAACAAUUUCCGUUACAUUAUUGAUAAAAUUUAUAACUUAUAUUUUAUAAAUAUAUUGCAGUCAUGAUGAUCACUUACAUGUUCACAUUUUUUAUGUAGAUUUUUGGAUGAAUAUAUUUUAUUAUUAUGGGUACCAAUUUUGAGUUUCAUUUUUAUGCUUUAUGGCCACGCGGAACAAACAUGGGAAUUUUGAGUAGUGAAUUUAUGGGGAAUUGUCUCAAAAACUCCCCCGACGCACAUUCUAUGUGAAAACCUGUCAAAAAUCGGAAAAUAAACAGC